GUGCCGCAGCCUGCCGGCCCCCCGGAAUCUCCUGGGGCCUAAGCGCCACCCGCCCCUCGCGCCCUUCUGGUCUUGUUCGGGCUUUUGCAUCCUCCGCUCUGGUCGCCUUUAAGGCGGAGAGGCCCUCCCGUCCCCGAGGCUGAAGCGCUCCAGAAUCCCCGGGGAAGGCAGGGCUCCCCUUUUUGCGCCAGCCCCGCUCCACGUGGAGAGGCGCGCGCAAAGGGAGGAAAGUUGCGCGAGCUGCGCUCCGGCAGGAUCGCUGGGUGUGUGUGGGUCUGUCUGUCUUUCUCCCGGCAGCUCGCCUCCCCCCAAACACCCAGAGGGGGAGGAGAAGGAGCGAGGGAAGGAGAGGAGGGAGGCGGCGGAGGGCUGAGCCGGACAGCCCGGCAACAUCUGCAAAACUUGGAGGAGAGGCGGGAGGAGGCAGAGGAAGCGGCAGACUCGGGGCAACUUUUCGGAACACGUAUUAGUGUGAAGAGAGCUGAAGUAAUGAGAAGUCAUCAUGGAAGCCCAGUCCCAUAGCUCUACGGCGGGUGAGAAGAAAAAAGUUGAGAAUCCUAUAGUGAAAUGCUCCACUCGAACAGAUGUCAGUGAGAAAGCCGUUGCCUCCAGCACAACAUCCAAUGAGGAUGAAAGUCCUGGGCAGACCUAUCACAGAGAGAGAAGAAACGCAAUCACAAUGCAGCCACAGGGCGGGCAAGGCCUCAGUAAAAUCAGCGAGGAGCCUUCGACAUCCAGCGAGGAAAGGGCCUCAUUAAUCAAGAAGGAGAUACAUGGAUCUAUACCCCACCUUCCUGAACCAUCCGUACCUUACCGCGGGACAGUCUUUGCCAUGGACCCCAGGAACGGCUAUAUGGAUCCUCCUUACCAUUCGGCCCCCGCUUUGAAUUCUAUAAAGUAUUAUCCGCCCCACCUUUUCCCAGCAUUCCACCCUCCUGUUCCAAUUGACGCAAGACACCAUGAAGGGCGUUAUCAUUACGAACCAUCUCCCAUUCCUCCGCUACAUGUGCCUUCUGCUCUAUCCGGUAGCCCAACAUAUUCAGAAUUGCCGUUCAUCAGAAUAUCCCCCCACAGGAACCCUGCUUCAGCAUCAGAAUCUCCCUUUAGCCCCCCUCAUCCCUACAUUAACCCUUACAUGGACUAUAUCCGAUCACUGCACAGCAGCCCUUCUCUGUCUAUGAUCUCAGCGGCUCGGGGCCUCAGCCCCACAGAUGCUCCGCAUGCUGGAGUUAGUCCCGCUGAAUAUUACCAUCAGAUGGCUCUCCUGGCAGGGCAGCGCAGCCCAUAUGCCGACAUCCUCCCAUCAGCUGCCACGGCAGGAGCCAGCGCUCUUCAUAUGGAAUAUCUCCAUGCUAUGGAUAGCGCCAGGUUUCCAAGUCCCAGGCUGCCAUCUAGACCAAGCCGAAAGCGAACACUGUCCCUAUCGCCUCUGUCUGAUCAUAGCUUUGACCUUCAGACCAUGAUCCGGACAUCUCCAAACUCCUUGGUCACAAUUCUCAACAAUUCCCGUAGCAGUUCUUCAGCAAGUGGUUCCUACGGCCAUUUAUCUGCAAGUGCAAUAAGCCCUGCUCUGAGUUUCGCAUACCCUCCCACCCCAGUAUCCCUUCAACAGAUGCAUCAACAAAUCCUCAGUCGUCAGCAGAGCCUGGGCUCAGCCUUCGGACACAGUCCUCCACUUAUCCAUCCUGCGCCAACCUUUCCUACGCAGAGGCCUAUUCCUGGCAUUCCUAGCGUCUUGAAUCCUGUCCAGAUCAGUUCAGGUCCAUCGGAAUCCACACAGGGACGUGAAUAUGUACAGCAGAGCAAACCCACGAGCGAGUCUGCAGUGAGCAGCACAGGUGACCCGAUGCAUAACAAGCGUUCAAAGAUAAAACCAGAUGACGACCUCCCCAGCCCAGGUGCAGGAAGCAUGCAGGAGCCACCUGAAGGCAUGACGCUAGUUAAAGAAGAAGGGGACAAAGAUGAAAGCAAGCAGGAGCCUGAAGUGGUCUACGAGACAAACUGCCACUGGGAAGGCUGUUCGCGAGAGUUUGACACUCAGGAGCAGCUAGUGCAUCAUAUCAACAACGAUCACAUACACGGGGAGAAGAAGGAGUUUGUAUGUCGGUGGCUGGAUUGUUCUCGAGAGCAGAAGCCAUUCAAGGCUCAGUACAUGCUGGUGGUACACAUGAGGAGGCACACGGGAGAAAAGCCACACAAAUGCACUUUUGAAGGUUGUACAAAGGCCUACUCCAGGCUAGAAAACUUGAAAACUCACUUGAGAUCUCACACUGGAGAGAAACCAUAUGUCUGUGAGCAUGAGGGCUGCAACAAAGCAUUCUCAAAUGCGUCUGAUCGUGCCAAGCACCAAAACAGAACUCAUUCCAAUGAGAAACCCUAUGUCUGCAAGAUACCAGGGUGCACAAAGCGCUACACAGACCCCAGUUCUCUCCGGAAGCAUGUGAAAACGGUGCAUGGUCCUGAAGCGCAUGUCACCAAGAAGCAGCGUGGAGACAUCCAUCCCAGGCACCCACCCCCGAGAGACCAAGGCAGCCAUUCUCAGACAAGAUCCCCAGGCCACCAGACUCAGGGCGCGAUUGGUGAGCAAAAAGACCUCAGCAACACUACCUCAAAGCGUGAAGAAUGCCUCCAAGUGAAAGCGGUCAAGUCCGAGAAGCCCAUGACAUCUCAGCCAAGCCCUGGUGGUCAGUCUACAUGCAGCAGCGAGCAGUCCCCCAUCAGCACCUAUUCCAACAAUGGGACCGAGCUUAAUCUGACCAGUCGAGGUAGUGUAGGAGACCUCAGUGUCAUAGAUGAAACCCCUAUCAUGGACUCUACCAUUUCCACAGCAACCACAGCACUUGGCUUGCAGACCAGGAGGAAUAUGUCAGAGACCAAAUGGAUGGAGCAAGUUAAGCUGGAAAGGUUGAAACAAAUCAGUGGAGUGCUUCCAAGACUGAACCCCAUUCCACAUUCCAAAGCCCCAACUUUGCCGCCUCUCAUAGGAAAUGGUACUUAUUCAAGCAGCAGCUGCAGCAUUGGGGGAAACAUGACUAUUCUAGCCAAUAAAAAUGAACUCACAAACAUGGACAUUACUGUGCUCAACAUGCUGAACAGAAGGGACAGCAACACCAGCACCAUCAGCUCAGCCUACAUGAGCAGCCGCAGAUCCUCUGGGAUUUCACCUUGCUUCUCUAGUCGGAGGUCCAGUGAUGCUUCCCAAGGCGAGGGGAGGCUCCAGAACAUCAGUGUUACUGAUUCCUACGACCCCAUUUCAACCGAUGCCUCUCGGCGAUCCAGUGAAGCCAGCCAGUGUGAUGGCUUGCCAGGUCUUCUCAGCCUGACCCCUGCCCAGCAAUACCGGCUGAAAGCAAAAUAUGCAGCAGCUACUGGUGGACCCCCACCCACACCACUCCCUAAUAUGGAGAGGAUGAGCUUGAAAACAAAAAUGGCACUAUUGGGUGACUGUAGGGAGUCUGGAAUGUCACCACUGCCCCCAAUGAAUCCUCCCCGAAGAUGUAGUGAUGGUGGGACAAACAAUUACAACAGGCGACACAUACUGCCCCAUGAUGUGUUGGGGAACAGCACAAGGAGAGCCAGUGACCCUGUGAGACCAGUUUCCGAUAACCUUUCCUUUCCCAGAGUCCAGCGUUUCAACAGUCUCAAUAGCUUUAACCCUCCUGUUUUGCCUCCAUCUAUGGAAAGGCGUAACUUCAUCCUUCAGAACUACACCCGUUCUGAUGGUGGCUUGUUCCGCAACUGUUCCCCUUGUCCUCCUAGUAUCUCUGAGAAUGUGGCCAUGGAAGCUGCUACAAUGGAAGCAGAUGGCAGUCUGAAUGAUGAGGAUCUCCUACCUGACGACGUGGUCCAAUAUUUGAAUUCUCAGAAUCAGGGUGCGUACAACCACCUGCCGAAUGGUGGACUAGAUCACAACAAAGUGCAUCACAAUUCAGCAUUGGGGUACGGCAACAACUUUGACCAGUCUCCUCCACCAAACAACUCUGAGGCCAGUAAAAACGACCUGCCAAUUCAGUGGAAUGAAGUAAGCUCAGGAAGUUCUGACUUGUCUCCGUCAAAAUUAAAAUGUGGGCAACGGUCCCUGAUCCAGCACACUCAAACCUUAGGCCUCUAUAACAACAUGGUUGUCCAACAGCAGCACCAUGGGCUGGAGAGAAAUGCUGUGUCCCAGCAAAAUGGCUAUCAGCAUCUUCUAGACAACAACGGCUCCUGCAGUUUACAGCAGAAUAUGGUCAUGAACAACAGUGACACCAGUCAUUCUUGCCACCUUCAGUCAAAUAAGGCACAGCUGUAUGGUGAAAGUAUUGGCAGACAACCAGUGGGCAAUACCUAUGACAUUGUGAUUCAAGGGCAAAAGCUGGGAAAUAAUUUCAUGCCAAAUAAUGGAAACCAGCAGAAUUUUGGCUGCACUGCAGUAUCAGAGGAGCAGUCUCCCAAUGUAAUUAGCAGGAUGCAGGGCAGAAAUGUGGUUGCCCAGGAGUACCUUCAUAAUCGGCCAACCGCUGAUAUCUACUGCCAAGAAGUCAAUCAUUCCCAUAAAAUGAUGAUAGAGCACGUUUCAGCUCCCUCACAACCCACCCUUUAUCAAGGGCCACAAAGUUGUCCACUGUCUCACAAUGCUGGGAUCCAGCCAUCAGGUUUGGUGGUGGCGAAAGGGUACCAGCCCUGUGCCAACUACUGGGGUGGCAGGCGACAAAACACGUCAAGGAAUAACUUGGUGCAGCCGCAAGGACACAUGAGGGAUGCCAACCAGCCACACAGGGUCAAUGGCAUCAAAGUAGAAUCCCAAGGUCAGUCGCAGCAGUUCUGCUCUAAUAUGCAGAAUUACUCUGGUCAGUUGUAUGACCAAACCACAGGGUUUAGCCAGCAAGCUCUGAAAGCAGGUGCUUUCCCCCUUUCAGAAGCUAACUGCCUGCUUCAGGGGGCGAGUGAUGCUACUUCGUCAGAGCUUCUCUCCCCAGGAGCCAACCAGGUAACAAGUACCGUUGACAGCAUUGACACCAGCAGCCUCGAAAGCGUGCAGAUUGAUUUUGAUGCUAUCAUAGAUGAUGGUGACCAUGCCAGCUUGAUUUCAGGAGCCCUGAGUCCCAGCAUCAUUCAGAACCUCUCCCGCAACUCCUCCCGCCUCACCACUCCCCGAGCGUCUCUUACAUUCCCAGCCAUGCCCAUAAGCACAAACAACAUGGCCAUUGGGGACAUGAAUUCUUUGUUGACCUCACUUGCAGAAGAAAGCAAGUUUCUUGCUGUUAUGCAAUAGACAUACACAACUUAGGAGAUGAAAGAUUUUUUUAAAAAGUAAUUCAUUUUUUUUAGUUGCUUUAAGUACUUUAGCAGUCUCAUCUCACCUAAAUGGGAUGUGUUUCAAGUAUAUUCCUUUUAUGGAAUAAGGACUCUGAAAAACCCUAAAGUGUUCUAGGGAGAAACUGUCUUCCGUUUCAGUUCUGAAUCAGUAUUGUUACACCCACAGUCCCCCCUUUUUCCCAAUGUUUAUAUGCUUCUUUUUUAUUUUAUUGUUUGUUUAUAUAUUUUUUGUAAUUGUAAGCCAAUGUAAAUGUGUGAUGUGCAUGCUGGUUUAUCUUUGAGGAAGGUCUGAUAAAAUGGCAUUGCCUCUUCCUGUAACUCAAAAGGAAAUACAAUCCUAUAUGGUUGUUGCUGGAGUUCUUAUACAGCCAGGUUCCAACGUGUAGACACAACAUUACCAGGAGCACAUAUAUAUAUUGAAGUUUGGGGUUCCAUCCUCUUAGCACUGAUCACGCAAACCCUGUCAAGAGGAAUGGGUGAAUGGUUUAAAGCAACUAAUUUAUUCAAAAAAAAACCACGUGUAGUGGUUUGAGUUGUCAUUUCUAUUGCUCUACACCAGUGGUUUUCAAGUUUUCUGUAUUCAAGGACCUCUCCGCAUAAUGCUUUGCCUGAGGCAAAUCUUCUCAGUCAUGUUCUAGACUGCAGAGGGCCUGCUGGGUCUCAUCCUGGCCCUACUUGAGCUGAGGAACCACCCAAGACCACAUUGGCUAUAUACUGCGGUGUGUGUGUGUGUCAGUGAUAAUGAACAAGUCUGUCAUUACUGAUGUUUUCACUUAAGAACGUGUAGAAGUGCAUCUAACAAAUUUUAGGGUUCUCCAGAAUGCAGCUUGAAAACCACUGCUUUGGACUGAGGAGAGACAAAAUACCAUAUAAAUAAAUAACACUGAAGCAUAUUCCAAUAAAAAUAAGUUCGUUAAAAAAGAAAAUAAUGACAAAAUGACUGCCCAUUUUUAUGUCAAAAAUUGGCUUCAAUUUCCAAAACCCCCAUUGCAUAAUGAGUCAGCCUCACAUUUUUUGUUACAAAAUGGGGAGUAACUUGAACAUGUGCGUGUAUGAAAAUAAAUCAAUAUCUAUGCGAGUGCUAUUAUAAGUCUGCUUGUCUGAGACAUAAAUGUAAACACAAGUUGCACUUUUAAGCAAGGUUUAGUUCAGAUUGUUGGCAUUCACUUCAGUGCAAUAUGCAUAGAUCUAAGUGGUUUAAAAGCUCAAGCUAUAAUAUUCAAAAUGUUUAGUUCUUGUUUACUAUAAUUCCAUUUAACAACAACUGACUUCCAGUGGUGCUGUAAAUGUCCUCUAUCAUUGGCUUGGCGAUCCGGCCAAAGCUUCAUUCAUAGAAAGGGGCAAGAAUGCCACCAAUUCCAACCACAUAUCCCAAGCAAGAGCCGCCCCCUAUCAGCCUUCCACUGCCUCACCACCCUAAGCCAUGGGGCCGGAAACUUCAAGCACAAAUGAGCCAUACCAGUAGGUAGGUGUGAUACAGAGGAAGGCAAGAACAAAGCAAAACGACAGAACAAAAUGAGAGGCGCUAGUCCUUGAUAAGAAGGUUCAAUCCACAGACAGAACAUACAGAACAUCACAUCAUUUUGUGCAUAAUGUGCAUAACCCCCCCCCCCCCCGGAAAAAUAAGGAUUCCCUUUGGGAUAGGGACUCUGUCAAUAAGUUCAGUACAAGAACAUUUCACUCAGUAACAGCUAUUCUGAAAGCUCUUCCACCAAUAUCCAUCAGUGGUGGUCUAUCCCAAAUGUAGAAGUUGCCAUUCACACACACUACAUUAUUUUUUAAAUAAUGUUUAUAAAAUCUUCAUAUCGUUCUUAUGCUGUUUGUGGAAAUUGAGUUGGCCUACCAUCUUAGAGUUCAAUUUACAUAUCCCUGACCUGUUCAUUUUUCACUGCCAAGAUGGUUACUUUUCUAGUCUUGUUGCACAAUGCAACACAACAGCAAGCACAAAUGCAUCCAUACUUUUAAAUGAGCUCAAGUUAGCUCUGUUGGAUUGUGGCUCUUAUGUUUGUAUUCUGUGUAGUAGCCCACUCUGUUUCUUAAUGGUCCAUUGUAUGAGUGAAGCAGAAGUUACUCUAGAGAUUUCUUUGCACCUCUCAGUUUUAUCAGGACUUUAUUUUUCCUGUUGCUCCAACUCUAGGGUGGUGGAAUUCCAAAAGGCACAUUUUCCUGGAACUAAACAGCUGCACUACUUCUUCAACCCUUAAUCAUGUCAAAAUUACAAUGUGCUGUUAUUACUGCACCAGAUUUCUUAUGUUUUGGGCUCAGGCAAUAUUAUAGUACCAUGAUUUGAACCCACCUGGUUGUUUCUUUACCAAUAGAGCCUGAACCACUGUGUUUUUAAUUAAACCAGGCCAAUUGUAUACACACUGAGGCCACCAACCAACACUGGUACAUGAUGACCCUCCACAUGUUGUCUGUAACAUUGCAAAACAACUUAACAUUGUGUGGAGAAUCUCAUCUUCAGUAUCACACAUUCCUGAAAGUUGCUGAUGUAGAGGUUCUCCAUAGAAUUGGGAGUACUGAAGUUAAUUUGUCAUCUAUUCAUUAUCAUGUUUCUGAGCUUAGAAGAACAAUCAACACAAACAUCCUAUAAAACAAUUGAAACCAAAAUUAUUGUAAUGUUUUUGACCAUUGAAGUCCUGUUUGGAGGAAUGUUUCCUUAUAGAAUGUACUUGUGUGUGAAGUUAAGUUCUAGCAGUGGAUCACUUGGAGAGGCUAAUCUUUUCUACUCUUCCAAGGUUGCCUUCAGGGUAACCAAGGCUACUGCAAUGUGUGUCCCUCCUGAACCACUAUGGUAAUAGUGGAACAUUUAGGACUUGUGCAAGGAGACUGCAACCCAGCCCUCUCAUUACCAGCAUUGCCCAUGUAUUUCCCAAAUUUACUGGUGCAGUGUCAAAGGAGCACAUACCUUACAUCAAGUCAUACUAUUCCUCUGUCUGGCCCACUAUGAUCUAAGCACUCCAGGGUAAGGCUGGGGGGAGGGGUAUGGUUCUGUUUUUGUUUACAGGAAAACUUAGCCUUACUUGCACUUUCCAAAACAAGUCAAAGCCAUCCUUCAAAAUUCACACUUCUCAAAAUGUUCACACUUCUCAAAAUGUCCAGCCAAGUAAUGUAUACAAAAACUGCAUUUACUUGGAUAAAGAGUGCAUAGAAAUGCACAUAUUAGUGCAAAUAAGACCCCAAAGUGUUUGUAAAAGUGUCUACAUUAGGCAAAACUGUGUGGGAAAAUGUGCAUAUCAGCAGACUCCCAUACUAAAAAUGCUGGUGAAUAUUCAUGAGGAAUGUAAAUCACAACUAACAUGGAAAUGUAGAGAACUGAACUUAAAAUUGGAGAAAGUGGGAGAAACCAAAAUGGACAGAUCUUCCCACUGCCAUGUCUAGAGUCUCAGCAGGGACCUUUUAUCAGGAGAUGCAUGGAUUGAGCCUAGAAAUCUCCACAUGCAAACAUGCUCCUGUAACUAAGCAGUGUAGCCUUUCCUGCUCACAGUAGCAGUUCCCACCCUGGAAGUAUUGUCAGAUAGAGACCCAAGCUGGAGUUUAGAUGUUCAUACUCUUUGCUUAUGCUGGGUCUGACUGCAAUAACAUCAUUCCUAAGUAGUUUGUAAGAUGGACUGGAGUAAGCAGCAGCCUAAGGCUUUAGGCGUGAAGAUAGGUGCCCAUUCCAUCAGCAGAGCCUUCUGAAAGUCCGUAAUAAUUACGACCCUUAUCAUUACUGCCACCUCCCCUCAAAAAAUACUACAGGACUUAGAAAGCAAAAGCUGACAGGGUGAAUUUCUGGAUCAUUGUCUGCCCCAACCGUAUCUUACACAACCCAUCACCAAGUCACAAAAUGGCCCCUGUGCACAAAGACUGGAAGCAAGAGAUAACAUGAUACGCUGCUUGGCUCAUGUUGGAUUGUUUGGUUUUUAACUGCAAUUUCUUGCACUCCUGUCAAAGGCCACUUCCUAAAUUUAGCUUCAGCUAUAUUGUGGGGAGGGACACUUCAAAACUGUGUAUAUGGGGAUUUUUGAAACUCCCCUCUUUAUCCCAGUCAAAGUCAAGACAAUUAAGUCAUCUCAACAGUCCCAGAGUUAUGGGAACUUCCUCCUCCUUGUUAUGCAUUAAAUUUGAGAAUCUUUCAGAAGCACAGUAAGAGGCUUCUUGCGUGCCAGUUAUCCUACUUAAUAAUGUAAAUGCCACACUUUAUAUUUGUUCUAGAGGCUAUUCUACCUGCCACAGUCUUUCAGGAUCACUUCGGCCACAGUUCAUAGGGAAAAAUCAUUUUUCAGACUUCAUCCCCAAAUAAUUCAGACUUGCGCUGAAUUUAGCAUGUCUAAAUGGCAUAUGUCUUCUGUAACUUCAGACAGCUUGGUGCCCCUGAGAUGAAGUGGGAAACCCACUUGCCUGAAUUCACUCCUAAGUUCUGAACAGCAGCAACCUUAACUAGGGAAGGUAAGCACUGCUAAAAAUCCUUGCUUUCUACCACAGAAGUCUAAUCUAUUUCAACGCAAAGAACAGUAAUGACCAGAGUUUAUUCUUAAAGGCAUUCUGUUGACCGUAACAAGAAACAUACAUAUACCCAUCAGUUUAACUUUUCUUCCAUGGACCUUUCUCUCCCCAUCUGUGUUAUCCUUUUGUAUUGUCAAUUACAAGCAGGUACAAAUGAACAAACAAAGGAACUUUACUUCUGAGUAAAUACGGCUAGGAUUGUGCUGUAAGGAACAUUAUAGAAUGGGUUGGAACCCAACUCUAUGGACUUCUACAUCAGAGCUGCAGUUUAGAUUUCUCUCUCUGCUGAAGAAAGGUCUUGAUAUGGUACUAUGUAAUAAAGGUUAGUUUCUGAGCUUUUGUUAUUUCUGUCUUAAAUGUGAUUUCCUUUUCCAGUAAUUCUAAGAUGAUGUUGGAUAAGUCAUGGGUUAGGCCUCCUUCAAUUGACACUUUGACCUUUUCCAUGAAAAAACUGUGUUUCUAUUCCUGCAAUGGAUGUGCCUUAUUUUGAGUUGUUUUGGUUAAAAGCAGCGGGGGGAAUAGUGCCAAAUUUAGCUAUAAGGCUGCUCUUACAAUAACAGCACAUACCACUGUUGAUAAAACUGCCUGAACAUUGUCUUGUGAAUCUUAGGCAUUCAUGUGUUAGUGUCCAAUAGGAAUCGAAUGCCGUCUUUGAGAAAGUUCGCUUUUGUCAGCCUGCAUAUUUGUAAGAUUUUUUAAAAAAACCUCAUGUUCAUUUUUUCACCUCAACUUUUUUUUUUACUUUUAUAAAAAGUGUAAUCUCUUUUUUUAAAGAAAAAUGUGUAAAUACAUUUACAUACAAUAGGAAUAGUGUUCAGAUGUAACAGAUCUUAGUGGUCUUCAUUUGAUAAAUCUGCAUUUAUGAUCUGAUGUUCUCCAAGCCUUAGAUCAGCUUGAAGGAACUUAGCACUGUGUACAUAUCAACUGUACUUAGGCUUUCAGAACCACUUAGCCCUUUUGUACUGAGGAAUAAAAUGUUUCUUACAAUGUCAAUAAAAACUUCAUUUGUAUUUAA